CUAUAACUACAGUCACUCUGCUCCCUCACUCAACCUGUCCCCCACACACCACACAGAGAGACGCAGAGAAGCAGCAGGAGGGUGAUGGCUAUGGCUCAGGGAAGAGGCAGUGCGGCGCAGGGCUUCGCCCUCGGCUUGCUCGUGCUGUGCCUCCUCCUCGGCGCCGACACCGCCGGCGCCGCCACCUACAACGUCGACUGGUCGUUCGCCUCCGGCAGCUGGCCCAUCGGCAAGAGCUUCCGCGCAGGGGACGUCCUCGUGUUCAGCUACAACCCGGCCGUGCACAACGUGGUGGCGGUGGACGCCGGCGGCUACAACAGCUGCCGGGGCUCCGGCGCGACGCACACCUACACCUCGGGGAGCGACCACGUCCCGCUCGUCCCCGGGACGAACUACUUCAUCUGCAGCCUCAGCAGCCACUGCGGGCUCGGGAUGAAGAUGGCCGUCACUGCAAACUGAAGCUAGCUGCAGCUUCUGGUUUCAAGAAAAGCGAGCUGCGACUGCGAUGCCAUCUGUGCGCAUGUGAAAACAUCAAUAAAGUGCUGUGGAACUCAGUGACUCCUAGUAUGCGAUAGUGUACGCCCCGUGUGUUGUACUGUAUCCCUGAGUUGUUAACAUGACACAGAAGCCAGCAGUGUGCACCAAUUGAUACAGAGACCGAUGUGAUAUCCUUCUUUUCGGAAGAGAAAAAUACAGCAGCCAGUAGGCAUGUGUUA